CCGGCUCCUCCCUCAAGGUCUCCGGGCGGUGUGUUAUCACCGCCAACCAGGCGUGUCCUUAAUUACUGCUGGGCCGACGGAUGGUGAGCAGCUGCUUGAGGUGGGAUGACCUCCGCAAGCUUGGCCCGCUCUUGAGAAAACCAGAGGGGUGCGACCCGAGAAAUCUUCAAAAUGGAUUAAUCUGGUAGUAAUGUUGAAGCUGAAACAAAGCUGCUGUAACCAAACACAGGAUGAGUUGGAUUUCAGGCGAUCAAGAAAACGCCCAAGGCAGCAAUCUGGGUUCUCAUCCUUCUUUAAGGGAUGUUCAUUCCAUCAACCCAACACAGCUAAUGCCAAGAGUUGAGCCCUAUGAAACCCGGGGGGGAAAAGGCAUUUCCGAUGUUCGAAGAACAUUCUGUUUAUUUGUCACAUUUGACUUGUUGUUUAUAACCUUCCUGUGGAUAAUAGAAUUAAACGUAAAUGGUGGCAUUGAAAAAACACUAGAAAAAGAAGUUCUGCAUUAUGACUACCAUUAUUCAUAUUUUGAUAUCUUUCUCCUGGCAGUUUUUCGGUUCAAGAUUUUGAUACUUGCAUAUGCGCUGUGCAGACUACAGCACUGGUGGGCAAUAGCAUUUACAACUGCUGUAACCAGUGGCUUCUUAUUAAUAAAAGUAAUUAUUUCAAAGCUGUUAUCUCAGGGUGCUUUUGGCUAUGUGUUGCCUAUCAUAUCUUUUCUUCUUGCCUGGAUAGAAACAUGGUUCUUGGAUUUCAAAGUUUUACCACAAGAAGCAGAAAAAGAAACCAGACUAUUGCUAGUACAGGAUGCUUCUGAACGAGCUGCCCUUAUUCAACCUGGGCUCCUUUCUGAUGGGCAGUUUUAUUCCCCUCCUGAAUCUGAAGCAG